AAUACAAAUAAAAACUCUAAAAAAAAUAAAACGGUAGAGAGAGAAAGAGAAAGAGAAAGGAAGCGAACUUUUCUUUCUCUCACCUACGCUUCUCCCAUUUUUUUAAAAUCUAUUUCUUUUUCGCCUUGUCGAUAUUUAUUUAGAUAAUCAGAGUUAGGUUUUUAGGGUUUCUAUCUCCACUAUCUCGUUUCCCUCGCUUUAUCUCGUCGUCUUCGUCGUCCCGGAGACCCCUCGACCCUUGCCCCCUUCUGUUCCCUAGGGCUAGGGGCGGGGUUUGAUCCCAUCCUCGGAUCGAGGGCCAUGGCCGCGUUCUAGGGUUUCUGCACCCUCGAACCGUGCAAUUUUUUGGUGUAGAUCGGCGGUGUAGGACGCGAUGUCGUCCGUGGUGGUGGGCGGAGAAGCGCCGGAUCUGGGGGGAGCGCGGCCGUGGGCGGCGGCGGAGGAGGAGGCGGAUGCGGAUGGGGUCGAUCACUUCGAUCGGCUCCCGGAUCCGAUCUUGUUGGUGAUCUUUAACCGGAUCGGCGACGUGAAGGCGCUCGGGCGCCUCUGCCUCGUCUCGCGGCGCUUCCACGGCCUCGUCCCCCUCGUCGACAACGUCCUCGUCCGCGUCGACUGCGUCAUCUCCGACGACCCCUCCGCCGCGGGCGCCGCCGCGUCCUGCGGCGCCGCGAGGUCCCGCGGCGUGUUCUCCCACCUCGCACGCCUCGUCCUCGGCGGCCUCGUCAAGCCCCUCCAAGCCCUAGGUCAGAUAAUCGCCCCCGCCACCGCCUCCUCCUCCUCCUCCUCCUCUUCCUCCUCAUCUGCCGGUCCCCGGAGGAGCUCCUCUUCCUCCUCCGCCGCCGCCGCCUCCUGCGCCUCCGCCGCGUACUCCUCCGUCGCCGCCUCCGAGGUCUCCCACCACUCGCCCUCCGAGGUCUUGAAGAACUUCAAGGAGAUCCGCCGCCUCCGGAUCGAGCUCCCCGCGGGAGAGCUUGGGAUCGAUGACGGCGUUCUCCUCAAGUGGAGGGCCGAUUUCGGCUCCACACUCGACAGCUGCGUCAUCCUCGCCGCAUCCUCCAUCUCGCCCAAAUCCACAAAUCCUAACCCUAACCCUACCUCCCAUGACGCCUCCUGCAGCGGCAGCAGCAGCAGCGGCAGCGCCGACGACAAUGGAAACAUCCCCGAAUCCUUCUACACCAAUGGAAGCCUGAAGCUUAGGGUUGUAUGGACCAUCAGCUCCCUGAUAGCUGCCUCCGCUCGCCAUUACCUGUUGCAGCCGAUAAUUGCUGAUCACGAGACGCUUGAAACCCUGGAUCUGACGGACGCGGACGGGCAGGGGGUGCUGACGAUGGACGCUUCGCAACUGCGGGAGCUGCGGGUGCGGCCGGUUUCGGUGUCGGGAACCUCACACCGAACCCUCAUGCCGGCGCUCAGCAUGCGGCUGUGGUAUGCGCAGCACCUGGAGCUCCCUGGCGGGAUGGCUCUGAAAGGGGCCACGCUUGUUGCCAUUCGGCCCAGCGAGGAGCGCACCAGGGAAGGGGGAAAUGGCCCUCUGGGCUCUUCGGAUGGGUGCUGGGUCGCAAACGCCUUUGAGGAACCGUACAGGAGGGCGGUGAGGAUGCUUAUGAAACGGAGGAUGUACUGCCUCGAGAUGAAUUCCUUCUGAGCCAAGGGAACAACAUCGGACAAAAUAGAUCCCAAGAGGCUCAUGGGAUCUUUCUCAAGAGAUGGGGAGUAGAAGUACAACUAGAAGGGAAGGAUAACAAAUAUAAAAGCUGGUCUUUGUCACUCCGCCGGAGUAGCAAACUCGCUUCUCGUUCUCGUGACUGCUUCUGUUAUAUAUUUACUGAAGAGAAGUCCUGUGUAUUGCCAUGUUGUCUGUGAGAGGUAAUGUUCUUCAGUUCUAAUAGUUCGCCUUAAUCAUGUUGGUUUUAUUAGUGCAACCUGGGGGCAAGUCCUCGUUUUGGAAAAAUCCUAAGCACCUUGGCGUGUGUAUAAUGUGAGAGAUCAGCUGUAUCAUCAAAAGGAGACAUAAUGUUUGUAUCUGGUGCAGUAGCAUAUGCUCAUAUACGGUGAUCUAUCUACAUAGUGCUACUAACCUUUUAUGGAACUCGAAACUUUUAAAUCCAAAUGUCCUAUACUCAUAAUGUGACUUCAACUGUUUCUUGUACGUCUUGCGGGAGUUUCAGUUCAGAAUGUAUAAAUCCAUCUUACCUCUGUGUUAGUGCCUUGUUCA